AUAUGCGCGCGCUAUAAACAGAAUAGAGAGAGCUAGCUAGAGGAGCUAGCUACAUGUGAUGUAGGCGCCUCUCCAGAUCCGAAGCAGCCAUGCUCGUCCAGCCAUCAUUUGAAUUGUAACUUACAGUGUACUCCCUCACAGUCCAGUAAUGAAACCAAAGAAGCGACAAAGGGUGACACCCAACGUUGUGGCAUCAAAAUGGAUCCAAGGAAAAAAAGACCAGGAUCAUUUUGAAUGCCAUUACUUUGGCCCAUUAAAAGGAAGAGGAGUAGUUGUGACACGCGAUAUACAAAAAGAUGAGUUUCUCUUACAGUAUGCUGGAAAUCUGAUAAAUGGCACCGAUGGAGAGAACCUUGAAAUUCAGAAUGCUACUGGUUUUAGAUUCUUCUUUACUGCUAAAAAUGGCACAAAGAUGUGCAUUGAUGCAACCGAUGAGCCAACUGGUGGGCCAAUGCUCGGGAGAUUGGUCAAUCAUGGCAUAGGAAAAUCAUCAAAUGUUAAACUCCGUGUUGUAGAAGAUGAAGGCACCCCUUUCUUAUGUUUGUUUGCAUCCAAGGACAUUGAAGCACAAACCGAACUCCUGUAUGACUAUGGAGUGCCAUUGCAAUUCAAUCAGGAUGAAAUGAUUAAUCCGAUAUCGAGUCCUCCAUCGGUGAAGAAUUCAGAUGCUGUCAAGGAUAAUGCCAGCUGCUCUAGCUUUCCACACCAUCAUGUUGAAGAAGAGAUUGAAAUUCUUCAUGUAGAACUCAUGCAGUCUCUGUCUGUGGAAAAACCUGAUUUAGACAAAAGCAUGCAAAUCAUGGCAAGGAUUGACAAGGUGAUUGAAAAUCUACCUCCCAGUCUAACAACCCUUUUGAAAAAAAAUAUGGGAUUUAUCCAGACAAUAAAAAAGGUGUGCAGAUAUAAGCCCAGUAUCAUAGUAAGCCGGAGAGCCAAAGAUCUUUUCAGCAAACUGAAGUCACGUGUAGUGUGCCAGGUGCAUCAUUCGGAAGGUGUGAUAUAUCCUCCCACCAGAAAUCGAUCUGAUGCUGAACAGAUACUCCCUGAAUCAGGACCACCUGCUGAUUUGAGUAGAUGUGUGAUCUAUCCUCCCACCGGUAAUCGAUCUGAUGCUGAACAGAUACCUUCUGAAUCAGGACCACCUGCUGAUUUGAGUGAAGGUGUGAUUUAUCCUCCCACCAGUAAUCGAUCUGAUGCUGAACAGAUACUCCCUGAUGAUGAACAGCCACUCCUAGAAGCAAGACCACCUGCUGAAUUGAUUAAAGGUGUGAUAUCUCCUCCCACCAGAAAUCGAUCUGAUGCUGAACAGAUACUCCCUGAAUCAGAACCACCUGCUGAUUUGAGUAAAGGUGUGAUAAAUCCUCCCACCAGCAAUCGAUCUGAUGCUGAACAGAUACUCCCUGAUGAUGAACAGCCACUCCUAGAAGCAAGACCACCUGCUGAUUUGACUAAAGGUGUGAUAUGUCCUCUCAUCAGCAAUCGAUCUGAUGCUGAACAGAUAAUCCCUGAAUCAGGACCACCUGCUGAUUUGAGUAGAGGUGUGAUCUAUCCUCCCACCGGUAAUCGAUCUGAUGCUGAACAGAUACCUUCUGAAUCAGGACCACCUGCUGAUUUGAGUAAAGGUGUGAUAAAUCCUCCCACCGGCAAUCAAUUUGAUGAUGAACAGCCACCCCCUAAAGCAAAACCACCUGCUGGUUUGAGUAAAGGUGUGAUAUGUCGUCCCACCGGCAAUCAAUCUGAUGAUAAACAGCUACUCCCUGAAUCAAGACCACCAGCUGAUUUGAGAAAAGGUGUGAUAUAUCCUCCCAACAGCGAUCAAGCUGAUGAUGAACAGCCUCUCACUGAAGCAAGACCUCCUGCUGAUUUGAGUGAAGGUGUGAUUUAUCCUCCCACCAGUAAUCAAUCUGAUGCUGAACAGAUACUCCCUGAUGAUGAACAGCCACUCCUAGAAGCAAGACCACCUGCUGAUUUGACUAAAGGUGUGAUAUGUCGUCCCACCGGCAAUCAAUUUGAUGAUAAACAGCUACUCCCUGAAUCAAGACCACCAGCUGAUUUGAGAAAAGGUGUGAUAUAUCCUCCCAACAGCGAUCAAGCUGAUGAUGAACAGCCUCUCACUGAAGCAAGACCUCCUGCUGAUUUGAGUGAAGGUGUGAUUUAUCCUCCCACCAGUAAUCGAUCUGAUGCUGAACAGAUACUCCCUGAUGAUGAACAGCCACUCCUAGAAGCAAGACCACCUGCUGAUUUGACUAAAGGUGUGAUAUGUCGUCCCACCGGCAAUCAAUUUGAUGAUAAACAGCUACUCCCUGAAUCAAGACCACCAGCUGAUUUGAGAAAAGGUGUAAUAUAUCCUCCCAACAGCGAUCAAGCUGAUGAUGAACAGCCACUGCCUGAAGCAAGACCACCUGCUGAUUUGAGAAAAGAUGUGAUAUAUCCUCCCACCGGUAAUCGACCUACACGUAAUGAUGAACAGCCACUUCCUGAAGCAAGACCACCAGCUGAUUUGAGUGAAGGUGUGAUUUAUCCUCCCACCAGUAAUAGAUCUGAUGCUGAACAGAUACUCCCUGAUGAUGAACAGCCACUCCUAGAAGCAAGACCACCUGCUGAAUUGAUUAAAGGUGUGAUAUCUCCUCCCACCAGAAAUCGAUCUGAUGCUGAACAGAUACUCCCUGAAUCAGAACCACCUGCUGAUUUGAGUAAACGUGUGAUAUAUCCUCCCAACAGCGAUCAAGCUGAUGAUGAACAGCCACUGCCUGAAGCAAGACCACCUGCUGAUUUGAGAAAAGAUGUGAUAUAUCCUCCCACCGGUAAUCGACCUACACGUAAUGAUGAACAGCCACUUCCUGAAGCAAAACCACCAGCUGAUUUGAGUGAAGGUGUGAUUUAUCCUCCCACCAGUAAUCGAUCUGAUGCUGAACAGAUACUCCCUGAUGAUGAACAGCCACUCCUAGAAGCAAGACCACCUGCUGAAUUGAUUAAAGGUGUGAUAUCUCCUCCCACCAGAAAUCGAUCUGAUGCUGAACAGAUACUCCCUGAAUCAGAACCACCUGCUGAUUUGAGUAAACGUGUGAUAAAUCCUCCCACCAGCAAUCGAUCUGAUGCUGAACAGAUACUCCCUGAUGAUGAACAGCCACUCCUAGAAGCAAGACCACCUGCUGAUUUGACUAAAGGUGUGAUAUGUCCUCUCAUCAGCAAUCGAUCUGAUGCUGAACAGAUAAUCCCUGAAUCAGGACCACCUGCUGAUUUGAGUAGAGGUGUGAUCUAUCCUCCCACUGGUAAUCGAUCUGAUGUUGAACAGAUAUUCCUUGAAUCAGGACCACCUGCUGAUUUGAGUAAAGGUGUGAUAAAUCCUCCCACCGGCAAUCAAUUUGAUGAUGAACAGCCACUCCCUAAAGCAAGACCACCUGCUGGUUUGAGUAAAGGUGUGAUAUGUCGUCCCACCGGCAAUCAAUCUGAUGAUGAACAGCUUCUCCCUGAAGCAAGACCACCAGCUGAUUUGAGAAAAGGUGUGAUAUAUCCUCCCACCAGUAAUCGAUCUGAUGAACAGGCACUUCCUCAGACAAGACCACCUGCUGACUUGAGUAAAGAUGUGGUAUAUCCUCCCACCUGCAAUCAAUCUGAUGAUGAUGAACAGCCUCUCACUGAAGCAAGACCUCCUGCUGAUUUGAGAAAAGGUGUGAUAUAUCCUCCCACCAGCACUCGAGCUGAUGAUGAACAGCCACUUCCUGAAGCAAGGCCCUCUGCUGAUUUGAGAAAAGGUGUGAUAUAUCUCCUCGCUGAAUCGCAACCAUUGGGACAACCCACUGCAUCGUUAUCUUUGAUUACAGAUGUUGUUGUAGAUAGCUUCGAAGAAGACGGUAGUGAUGACGACUCAGACACAAUGGUUGUUGUUAAAAGGAGGCGUUUGCAUUCACAAACUUUCUCUGACAUAGACAGUGAUGAUGAUCCCUCAUACGUGCCGUCUGAUUGCUCACCAAACAGGAGUGAUAGUGAUACUUUUCCUGUACCCGAUGAAAUGGAGACGGGCAAUGAAGAGCCACAUGUCAAGACACAAGUCACAUCUUCAAAAUCAGCACAAUGCUCUGAAGAAAAAGAAAGGAAACAGCCAUAUAAGAAGCCCUAUCGCUUUUGCAUGUACUGCAAGAAACAUAUGUCAAAACUCUCAGAUCACUUAAAAAAUAAACACCGCAAUGAAGAAAGAAUACAAUAUGCACUCGGUUUACCUACAAAGGAGCGAAUUGAAGAAUUUGAUAGAAUCAGAAAAGAAGGGACCUUUGAAGUUAACAAAAUCAGAGCAAAAGAUGACAAUCCACAAUUUCAGAGAGAAAGGUCAAGCGCAUCCAAUUCUGUUGUAAUAUGUAGCAACUGUUCAGGGGCUUACUCUGCUCCAUACAUGAGAAGGCAUAAGCAUCAUUGUGAAUACAAGUCUGAUUCCUCCAAGCCUUCAAUGCACAUUCCAGCAUCAUUUCUUUCAGUUAUGAAUGAUACAGAUUCGUCAUUUAUUUCUGAAAUUCUCAGCAAGUUCAGAAAAGAUGAAGUUGGCCAACUCUGUCAAGGCGAUCCCAUACUUCGGGAAAUAGGAAAGAGGCUGUGGUUAAAGCAGAACAAGAAGCCUGACAAAAAAACUGAAGUACGGAAGUCGGUCAUGACUGACAUGCGAAGACUUGCCAGACUUUACCUAACCCUGAUCUCAGUGCAGGAUAAUCUUGGGCCUCUUCUUGUAAAGGCAGGAAAUGUAUCUGACCUGAUGCAACGCUCCAACUUCCAGCACCUAGAAGUAGCAGUGCAGCAGUACACUGAGAGGAGAGAAGAAGGUGAAGGCUUGGGUGUCAAAGCAGGUUUGAAGUUAGGAGUAUUCUACCUCCUGAAAUCGAGCAGCAAAAUACUGAAAGCAAUGUACUUGAUGGAUGAUAAGGACAAUGAAGCAGAUCAAAUUGACAGAUUUACUGCUGUUCUUGAUCUUCAACACAAUCAAAUAUUUGGCGAUGCUACAUAUCAUCUAAACAAAAGGAGGGAAGAAAAGUUACGAAGACCAAGUGGGCAGCCAUUGGAAGCUGACAUUAAGGCAGUUAGAGAUUACACAACCUCAAGAAUCACAGAGCUACUUGAAGAUACCCUGGCAUUCUGGGAUAGGCAUCGUUUUGUUGAAUUGAGAGACUGCCUCGUAUCACGACUCACAUUGUUCAAUGCCCGGAGAGGGGGAGAGCCUAGCCGUUUAUAUAUCAAGUGCUGGCAAGACGCAAAGGAAGGAGCAUGGCUGGACAAGCAACAGCUGGCCACAUUAGACUCCAUAGACAAAGCCCUUGUCGAGGAUUUAAAGGUUGGGUACCAGUUGGGAAAGGGAAAGCAUUUAAUCCCUGUGCUUUUUCCCACAGACACCCAUGAGGCAUUGGACAAGUUGAUUAACAAAGAAAUUCGAUCGUGUGCAGGAAUAGGAAACGACAACAACUACCUAUUCCCAACAACCAGUGGUGCCAAUUCCCAUGUAUCCGGAUGGCAUGCCUUGGACAACAUAUGUGAGUGUGUGACCCUCGAUGAUAAGCAGUCAAUCACAGCAACUAAAAAUAGACACCGUGUGAGUGUACUCUUUGCACUUUCACAUAUUCCAGAAAGAGAGAGGUCUUUCAUCUUUAAACAUCUAGGACACUCACAGGAAACAAACGAAAAUAUCUAUCAGGCACCCCUGGCACUCAAAGAAGUUACAGUUGUUGGGAGGCAACUCCAAAUGAUGGAUAAAGGAGAUAUAAUGGAUCCUGCGACCAGCAGUGAACAAGUGAAGCCUCAAGUGAAGCCUCAAGUGAAGCCUCAAGUGAAGCCAUCAGGUCGUAACUAUACACAAUGGCGGAAAUCUGAUGAAAAGGAGCUGUUGGCACAUUUCAAAGAAUAUAUCAAUGGAGAAGCAACAAAGAAGCUUCCGGGAAGGAAGGAAAUCUUUAUAUUCCUGAAAGCACACCCAUCGUUUCCUCACCCUUGGCAGACAGUGCGCACAAAAAUGAUGAAUGUAGUGUACAACAAAAACAAAAGAUUCCCUAAAGUAGUGUAACGGGCCAAAACAGGAAUUUUCAUUUCAUUUUUAUGCCUCCGCCCACUGAUCAUCGUGCAUGAGUUUCCGGGUCACAUGAUUAAGAUCAAAGUUCAUUUAGGGUCAAUGAACUUAGACAUGGUUAAAGGAGAAUGAAACUCUUGGAGCAAGUUAGCUUUUGUGAAAGCAGAAAAAUCAAAGAAUAAGAUCAACAAAAGUUUGAGUAAAAUAGGACUAGCAAUAGAAGAGUUAUGAGCAUUUGAAUGUCGAGAUCACUAAUGCUAUGGAGAGCCUCCCAUUGGCAAUGCGACCAAGAUCUAUGAUGUCACACUCAGAUGAACAACUCUCCCCUUUUGGACACUGAAAAUAUACCCCAAAAACAUCUCCUUUUGCUCAUUCUAAUCAUAUGACAAACGAUUCAUCAAUGAUAUAAUGUUGUGAAACCUCUGUACUUGUCCUCUCAUAAAGAGAACACCUUACCUUGUGAUAGACUCUAUAAAAGUGAGAAUAUAAGUGAAAUAAGUACUAAAGUAAUGAGGGAGUUGUACGUGUGUGACAUCACAGAUCUAGGUCGCAUUGCCAAUGGGAGGAUCUACAUGGCAUUAGUGAUCUCAAUAUUCAAAUGCUCAUAACUUUCUUAUUAUUCAUUCAAUCUUCCUCAAACUUUCAACAAUAUGUUUCUUUGAUUUUUCUCUUUGAUAUGGAUUCUGCUGGUUUCAAGGGUUUCAUUCUCCUUUAAGGUUUUUUUAAAUGUCAUCAUAACUUAGGAAGUAUAAUAUGGACCUAGUUCGUCAAACUUGGACAUAAGGGUAACCAAGUAUCACUGAUCAUCUUGCAUGAGUGUCCAGGUUGCAUGAUCAAGGUCAAAGGUCAUUUAGGGUCAAUGAACUUGGACCAUGGUUAAGUUUUUUUUUUAAUGUCGUCAUAACUUUAAAAUUAUAAGGGCCUAUUUUAUGAAACUUGGACAAAAGGUAAUUCAAGUAUUGCUAAUAAUCUUGCAUCAGUGUCAGGUCACAUGAUCAAGGUCAAAGGGUCAAUGACAUUUGAACAUGUUGGGGUAACAGCACUGAAAUCUUAACUGUUAGUUUUUUAAAUGUCAUCAUCAUGGGCCUAUUUCAUGAACUUGAACAUAAGGGUAAUCAAGUAUCACUGACUAUGAGUUGCAAGUCGCAUGGUCAAGGGCAAUGGCCAUUUAUGAACUUUGACCAUGUUUUGGUUAUCAAAAUUGAAAUCUUAACCAUGUUGUUUUUUACAAAGUCAGCAUUGCUGCUAUAUUGAAUUGCGUAAUGCAGGCGAGACUGCCAGAGGCAUUCCACUUGUUUGAAAAUAAGGUUAAUGCUUUAGGCAAAUCAUCCGCAUUCAGUUGAUGAAGCAACCCAAACGAAGAUGAUAUAAAUCGUGUAUUUUUAACAUUUUAUUGGAAUAAAAUAAAUGAUUAAUAUGAGCUAAUCUGUUUUUACGAAAAACUAAUUCUAUCUGCCCUUUUUUGUAACAAAAAUAAUUUGUCUAGCUGAAUUCUGGAGGCGUUGCCCUAUGCUAAUACUCCAUAAUUCAAAUAAGGGAGAAUAAGUGUACAAUACAAGUUUAGCAAAAUGUUGGGAGGGAACGUUGUUUUCGGCAGUUUGUUGAUAACACCAACAUUUCUAGACAAUAAUUUGCUUAGAUAUGAUGUGUAUAUACUUUCCAUGAAAGUUAGUUGUCUAUAAACAGACCAAUAAGUAUGUUUGUAACUGUAAAAGUUACAGUAAUAUUUUUGUAAUCUAAAACAUAUUGUUGUUGGUUGAUAAUAACAUUGAUAUUGUACUUUGAUGAGUUAAUAUUGAUAUCAAUUUAAAGGGAAGGUGAACCCUGGCAAUAAAUGGGUUUCAAUAAACAGAGAUCAGCAAGAGAAGUAAUUUUUCUAUUUUUCUAUUUCUAUGGAUAAUGCAAAUUGGCAAUGCACUGGGACAAAGGAGUGGUCAACUCCCAUAUGUUAUAUAUGUUGAGAGAUAUUUGAAUUCUUCAUUAAUUAAGCUAAUGCCCGAUUUUUUUUUUAUUGGAUGAAAAUUGUAUUGAAGUGAAUUGAAUUUAAAUGCCUAUUGACUACAGUUUCAUGCUAAUACAUUUACUUAUAAAUACAAAUAGUAUCAAACAGUCAUGUCAGGUUGACUCCUCAAGCAAUUUCUAUAUAAAGACAUGUUGGCCACUUUUAUUCAUAACGUACAUACAUAAUUUUCACAUUUAGUGUAUGAGUAUUUCACUUUGUUUAUAGUACAUGAUAAAAGGAAUGUACAAUUAUUAUGCCAAGAGUAAGAACUGAGCAAGGGAAAACAUCAAUUUCACUCAUGUCAAAAAUCUGGAUUGGUUUACCAUUAGAGAUUUAACAUAUUUGGACAACUAAUCUUUUUUGUAUAAUAGUCUUAAGAAAUGUUUGUUAUGCAAGUAUGUGUAGUUUACAUACUAUGCUGUAUUAUUAUUAUAUAGACCUACAUUUUGCGAUUUGUAGCCCCCCCCCCCAAUAAUUUUACCAAAUGUGUAGAAAAAAAUGUAAAUUGCCUAUUAUCAGGCUCGCUUGCAUUCAUGUUCAGUUAAAUGCUAUUUAAAAUGUAUUUUCUCAAACUCAACUGCUUUGCUCACUCGCAUUCAUGUUAAAUGCUAUUUAGAAUACAUAGCUCCUCAAGCUCAAUCACUUUGCUGGCUCACAUUCCUGUUAUUUGAAAUGCGUGGUUUCAUACUUGCUUGCGCUUCACUCGCUUGCAUUCAUGUUAAAUGCUCUUUCAAAAUGCGUAGAUUCUCAGGCUCGCUCGCUAGCAAUAAAAAGAGCAUAGGGCCUAUUUUUAAAUGCAAUGCUUCUCGGGCAGAAUGCGUAUUCAAUUUGCAAAUUUCUGAAGCUCGAUCGUAUCGCUUAUCCACGUUUUCCGGGUGUGUUUGUGGUGUGAGGGGAGGGGGGGGGGGGGUUGGUCAGCUUGGGAAAUUUUUGCCCGAUCCCCAAUCCUGAAAAUUGAUCGACACCCCUGAACACUUACUGUAAUUUGUUACAUGGGUGAAUACCAAAAGUUUUAUAUUCAGUUUUGUUAAUGUCAUUCAAAACUGCCAUAUAUUUGUAUCCAAAUAAGCUAUACUCUAGGUAAUUGUAUUGUACAUGCAUGUAGAGCACCCUGUUAUAAAGGUGCAGGGUCCUGCCCCCUAUUUUAAAUAGAUAUGAUUUUAAUGAAUUUCAAAUUUGGAUAUUUAUGUUUUUAUGCUCAAAGAAACUUCUACCUCGGUCUUUACUUAAUAUUUUAAUUUUAAUUACAAUGUUCAUUGUCAUUUAAUUCAAAAUUCCUCCAAUUACCACAUACCCCAAAAUACUCUCAUCUGUCUUUCAAAACUCAAUAUUUUAUGAAGGUUCAGUUACUUGGAACAGCAUUCCCGAUUAUAUCAAACAAAGUUGUACUUUGUCUGUUUGUACAUUUGUCCCUUCUUUUUUCUUUCCCUUUUGUACACUUUAUAUAUACAUAUAUACAUGUGUAUAUCUAUGUUGUAGAUUUCUGUCAAUAUUUGCCUUUCUACAGAAAUCCGUACUUACACUUUUUCAUGCAAUAACUGUUUCUUUGUAUUUCUUUGUAUUUUUUUAAUGAUCUAUAUUUCUAUGUGAAUAUGUUUGUAACCUCUAUUGUAUUUUUGUGUGUGAAAGUGUUAAAUGAAAUCUGAAUUGAAUUGAAUUUACUUGAAUUUGGAAUAUUAACUUCUUAUCUAGGGUCAUUUUUAUCAAUCUUUCUGUAUUCUGCUGUAAAUUCUUGUGUUACAUAAUGUUUUGAACAACACUGGUAUUAAAGUUUCAGUU